GCGGCCCGCGGGCCAUGGAACCCGCCAAGGCCGGCGCGGUUCGAGCGCUCCGGUGCGCGCAUUCGGGCGCCUUUCCCCCGUGAGCCCGGCGGCGCUCGGACCGGGCCGCCCGCCGCCGGGCAGCUCCGCCCGCCUCUAGCGCCGGCUGGGCGCGCCCCCGCCCCGGUGCCCGCGCGUGCGCGCCCCCGCCGCCGCGUGUGAGUGUGAGUGUGAGUGUGAGUGGGUGUGGGUGCGAGCCGGGCCGCCGACGAUGCCGCGGGGCCGCCCCCCGAAGCCCAGGGAGAGCAAGGCGCGCGGCGACUCCGAUGGAGUUUUAACAUUGAAUGCGGAGAACACUAAUUAUGCCUAUCAAGUUCCAAACUUCCAUAAAUGUGAAAUCUGUCUACUAUCUUUUCCAAAAGAAUCCCAGUUUCAACGCCACAUGAGGGAUCACGAGCGAAAUGACAAGCCACAUCGAUGUGACCAGUGCCCCCAAACAUUUAAUGUUGAAUUCAACCUGACACUUCAUAAAUGCACCCACAGCGGGGAAGAUCCUACCUGCCCUGUGUGUAACAAGAAAUUCUCCAGAGUGGCUAGUCUCAAAGCGCAUAUUAUGCUACAUGAAAAGGAAGAGAAUCUCAUCUGUUCUGAGUGUGGGGAUGAGUUUACUCUGCAGAGUCAGCUGGCCGUGCACAUGGAGGAGCACCGCCAGGAGCUGGCUGGAACCCGGCAGCAUGCCUGCAAGGCCUGCAAGAAAGAGUUCGAGACCUCCUCGGAGCUGAAGGAACACAUGAAGACUCAUUACAAAAUUAGGGUAUCAAGUACAAGGUCUUAUAACCGGAAUAUCGACAGAAGUGGAUUCACGUAUUCGUGUCCGCACUGUGGAAAGACGUUUCAAAAGCCAAGCCAGUUAACGCGACACAUUAGGAUACACACAGGUGAAAGGCCGUUCAAAUGUAGUGAAUGUGGAAAAGCUUUUAACCAAAAGGGGGCACUGCAGACCCACAUGAUCAAGCACACAGGUGAAAAACCCCAUGCCUGUGCCUUCUGUCCUGCCGCCUUCUCUCAGAAAGGGAAUCUUCAGUCGCACGUGCAGCGAGUCCACUCAGAGGUCAAGAAUGGUCCUACCUAUAACUGUACAGAAUGUAGUUGUGUAUUUAAAAGUUUAGGCAGCUUAAACACGCAUAUCAGCAAGAUGCAUAUGGGUGGGCCACAGAAUUCAACAAGUUCCACAGAGACUGCUCAUGUUUUAACGGCCACACUCUUUCAGACGUUACCUCUUCAACAGACGGAAGCCCAACCCACGUCGGCCUCAAGCCAGCCGAGCUCCCAGGCGGUGAGCGACGUCAUCCAGCAGCUCCUGGAGCUCUCAGAGCCGGCGCCGGUGGAGUCGGGGCAGUCCCCGCAGCCUGGGCAGCAGCUGAGCAUCACAGUGGGCAUCAACCAGGACAUUUUACAGCAAGCCUUAGAAAACAGUGGGCUGUCUUCAAUUCCAGCUGCAGCACAUCCUAAUGACUCCUGCCAUGCCAAGACCUCUGCACCACACGCUCAAAACCCCGAUGUUUCCAGCGUUUCAAAUGAGCAGACGGACCCCACAGACGCAGAGCAAGAAAAAGGACAGGAAAGCCCAGAGAAACUGGAUAAAAAAGAAAAAAAAAUGAUAAAGAAGAAGUCACCGUUUCUACCUGGCUCCAUCCGCGAGGAGAACGGCGUGCGCUGGCACGUGUGUCCCUACUGCGCCAAGGAGUUCCGCAAGCCCAGCGACCUGGUCCGCCACAUCCGCAUCCACACCCACGAGAAGCCCUUCAAGUGCCCGCAGUGCUUCCGCGCCUUCGCCGUGAAGAGCACGCUGACAGCGCACAUCAAGACGCACACCGGCAUCAAGGCGUUCAAGUGCCAGUACUGCAUGAAGAGCUUCUCCACCUCUGGCAGCCUCAAGGUGCACAUUCGCCUGCACACAGGAGUUAGACCUUUUGCUUGUCCUCACUGUGACAAAAAAUUUCGAACCUCAGGCCAUAGGAAGACUCACAUUGCUUCCCACUUUAAACAUACGGAAUUAAGGAAAAUGAGGCACCAGCGUAAACCUGCAAAGGUCCGUGUUGGCAAGACGAAUGUUCCAGUCCCUGAUAUUCCUUUGCAGGAACCAAUCCUCAUAACUGACUUAGGUCUCAUCCAGCCCAUUCCAAAAAACCAGUUUUUCCAAAGCUAUUUCAAUAAUAAUUUUGUCAAUGAAGCAGAUAGACCAUACAAGUGUUUUUACUGUCAUCGUGCAUAUAAAAAAUCUUGCCACCUUAAACAACACAUCAGAUCCCAUACAGGUGAAAAACCUUUUAAAUGUUCUCAGUGUGGAAGAGGCUUUGUUUCUGCAGGCGUGCUCAAAGCACACAUCAGAACACACACAGGACUGAAAUCUUUCAAGUGUCUGAUAUGUAAUGGGGCUUUCACUACUGGUGGCAGCUUACGGCGACACAUGGGUAUCCACAACGACCUUCGUCCCUAUAUGUGUCCCUAUUGCCAAAAAACAUUUAAGACUUCACUAAAUUGCAAAAAGCACAUGAAAACCCACAGAUAUGAGCUUGCCCAGCAGCUCCAACAGCAUCAGCAGGCAGCCUCGAUAGAUGACAGCACCGUAGACCAGCAGAGCAUGCAGGCCUCCACUCAGAUGCAGGUGGAGAUCGAGAGCGACGAGCUGCCGCAGACGGCAGAGGUGGUCGCAGCGAACCCCGAGGCCAUGCUGGACCUGGAGCCUCAGCACGUGGUGGGCACGGAGGAAGCAGGGCUGGGCCAGCAGUUGGCAGAUCAGCCUCUGGAAGCAGAUGAAGAUGGGUUUGUGGCUCCACAGGACCCUCUGCGAGGGCACAUAGACCAGUUUGAAGAGCAGACCCCUGCGCAACAGUCCUUCGAACCAGCAGGGCUACCCCAAGGUUUUACAGUGACUGAUACGUACCAUCAGCAGCCUCAGUUUCCACCUGUCCAACAGCUACAGGAUUCCAGCACACUUGAGUCUCAGGCCCUCUCCACAAGCUUCCACCAGCAGAGCUUGCUGCAGGCUCCCAGCUCUGAUGGGAUGAAUGUAACAACUCGCUUGAUUCAGGAGUCAUCCCAAGAGGAACUGGACCUGCAGGCGCAAGGUUCCCAGUUUCUGGAGGACAACGAGGACCAGAGCAGGCGCUCUUACAGGUGUGACUAUUGCAACAAAGGCUUUAAGAAGUCCAGCCACCUGAAGCAGCACGUGCGGUCGCACACCGGGGAAAAGCCCUACAAGUGCAAGCUCUGUGGACGCGGCUUUGUUUCCUCUGGGGUCCUCAAGUCCCACGAGAAGACACACACAGGAGUGAAGGCGUUCAGCUGCAGUGUGUGCAAUGCUUCCUUCACCACCAAUGGCAGCCUCACCCGGCACAUGGCCACACAUAUGAGCAUGAAGCCUUAUAAGUGUCCGUUUUGUGAGGAGGGUUUCCGAACUACAGUGCAUUGUAAAAAGCACAUGAAGAGACACCAAACAGUCCCCUCUGCUGUGUCAGCCACUGGAGAGACAGAAGGAGGAGACAUUUGUAUGGAGGAAGAGGAAGAACAUUCUGACAGAAAUGCAUCACGGAAGUCUCGUCCUGAGGUCAUCACUUUCACGGAGGAGGAGACAGCCCAGUUAGCCAAGAUCCGGCCGCAGGAGAGCGCCACGGUGUCAGAGAAGGUCCUGGUGCAGUCCGCGGCAGAAAAGGACCGCAUCAGUGAGCUGAGGGACAAGCAGGCGGAGCUGCAGGACGAGCCCAAGCACGCCAACUGCUGCACAUACUGCCCCAAGAGCUUCAAGAAGCCCAGCGACCUGGUGAGGCAUGUUCGAAUCCAUACUGGAGAAAAGCCAUACAAAUGUGAUGAAUGUGGAAAGAGUUUUACUGUGAAAUCCACUCUUGAUUGUCAUGUGAAGACUCACACAGGUCAGAAGCUCUUCAGCUGUCACGUCUGCAGCAACGCCUUCUCCACGAAGGGAAGUCUGAAGGUCCACAUGCGUCUGCACACGGGAGCCAAGCCCUUCAAAUGCCCGCAUUGUGAGCUGCGUUUCCGUACCUCGGGUAGAAGAAAGACACACAUGCAGUUUCAUUAUAAACCAGACCCAAAGAAGGCCAGAAAGCCUAUGACUCGAAGCUCGUCGGAAGGACUGCAGCCUGUAAACCUCCUCAACUCCUCCUCUACUGACCCAAACGUGUUUAUCAUGAACAACUCUGUUCUAACAGGACAGUUUGAUCAGAAUCUGCUGCAACCAGGACUGGUGGGCCAAGCUAUUCUCCCUGCCUCUGUGUCAGCUGGGGGUGACCUGACCGUGUCUCUGACAGAUGGGAGCCUGGCUACCCUAGAAGGCAUCCAGUUACAGUUGGCUGCUAACUUGGUUGGACCAAAUGUACAGAUUUCUGGAAUCGAUGCUGCCAGCAUUAAUAACAUUACGUUGCAGAUUGAUCCAAGCAUUCUGCAGCAGACGCUACAGCAGGGCAACCUAUUGGCUCAGCAGCUCACGGGGGAGCCUGGCCUGGCCCCACAGAACAGCUCUCUCCAGACGUCGGACAGCACGGUCCCUGCCAGUGUUGUCAUCCAGCCCAUCUCAGGCCUGUCCUUACAGCCCACAGUGACCUCUGCGAACCUGACCAUAGGCCCGCUGUCUGAGCAGGAUUCAGUGCUGACCACUAACAGCAGUGGGACCCAAGACCUCACUCAAGUGAUGACUUCGCAAGGUCUAGUGUCCCCCUCCGGCGGUCCCCACGAGAUCACCCUGACCAUUAACAACUCCAGCCUGAGCCAGGUCCUGGCACAGGCCGCUGGGCCCACUGCCACGUCUUCCUCGGGGUCUCCACAGGAAAUUACCCUGACUAUCUCCGGAAUCAAAACACGCUCCGUGGAGAUCUGACGUGACAGAGGGAAGCAGCCCCACUUCCCUGAAACACACCUGUGGAGAAGGACAGCAUUCUAGAUGGACUCAACCAUGAAGGGCAGGAUUUCUGCUGUUUCAGAGAUAUUUCUGCAGAAAUUAAUUUCAGAACUGAAAGAAAAGGUAUUCAUAAGAAAACCAGAAGCUUUCUUUUUCAGGAAGGUGUCUUCAUUUCUUUUAAUAUAUUAGUGAGAAAUUUGAGGAACUGUUUUUAGGUACAGCUUUGCUUUUAAAUGAGAUGCAGUGGUUUUUAGAUGCUGUUGGACAGCAAAAAUUAACAUUGAAUUUUAUAUAAUUCAGUAACCUUCCUCCUUUUAAAAUUAUAUCUGAAUUUUAAUGUUGGAAAUACAGAAGAGUUAUAAUAUUUUAGGAAAGCUAUUUGGUUGAUCCAAUUAACUUUCUCGAGUACACUUAAUAUAAGAAGUAUUGUGCUAGGUCCUAUCAAAACUACAUAGUGCAUGGUUCUUGCUCAGAGUUAAGAAAAUGUAUUCUUCAGUUUGUGGAUUGUGCCUCUGUUCUUCCUGUGUGUUAUUAUUGGCCAUUUGGUUAUUUUGUUAGUAUAUUUGAAAGUGUAGAUGAAUAUAACUAAUAUUUUAAGAAUUUGGCUUCAGCUGUUCUAGGAGAAAACCUUAAAUGAGUUAAUGAAAUAAGUUUGGUUUCAACUUUGGGCUUCAGAUUGUUUUUUCUCACUUAUUAUGAUGGAUAAUGAGAAUUGGCCAUACAGUUCCUUAUCCCGUUUUGAAAGGGCUGCAAAAAGCAUUUAAUUUACGGUAACCUGUUAAAAGCAUCUAGAUAUUCCAUAGAAGUUUUCAAAGAUUUCAUAGUGUGUUCUUUUUUCCAUUAACACAUAGGAUUAUAAAUGCAUGCAAGUACUAGAGAAUGCACAAAUCACUUCAGCUAAGUUUUGCAGACUUUAGGCAGUUCAUGAGUCCUAGCAUUCAGAAAAAGGUUACACGUUGAGUGAAAAGCAAAGACAGUCCUUUGCCUCCCGGAAUUACCCUGUCCAGAUACAAUGAAAGUCCUUUUACCUGAUGUUUUCAGCCCAGUUAUUAAUAAAAAGGUAUAUAAAAUUGGGAACCAAACAAGUGACACCUGCAUACUUUGGAGAUUCAUCCACGGAUCUUUUGAAUAUGGGUCUGCUCAGGUGAUAAUACAUUUUCUACUUUUUAAAAUUUUUGCCUGUACUUAUGUUCAUCAUGCAGUUUCAUCUCCUGUUUCUCUUUCUUUAGCAUUGCAUGAGAAUGUAGGUCACUAUAAAGCAAUCAUAGUGCAGCAUACUUUUGUCUUUUGAAUCUUUUUCUGUCUGAUUUUGUGUAGUUGUCUUGCCUACACCUAUUUUGACAGCAGAAUGUUUAAAGUAUCUUGUCUUUACCAAGUUUUUCCAAGGCAUUCAAUUUGGUUUCCAUUUGAUGUCCAACAGAUUUUUUAUUCUCAUAUUCAUUUCUAGUUGCCAUACUAUUUGAUUUCAUUAUAUCAUUACAGUAGCUGAUGAAGCUGGCAUAAACGGGUUUUGAAUCAAGCAAAUGUGUUUUAGUAGGAAUGUAUUGCAGGCAUGUUAGUGUGUACUUGAGAGCAUUCAGAACACACAGGAUAGGAACACAGCACACGGGAAACCGCAGCAUCGUGGGCUCGGCAAGCCUGCCCAGUGGAGGGCAGGGAGGGGAGGUUCUGUUAUCGCCUGGUGAUGCCCCUCAGAUCCUUUUAACAUGCUUUUGCUAUACCUGGCAGUGCACUAUAUUUGGAAAUAUUUUCAAUUCAUUGAUAGUUUCAUUCCACACAGUGUGUGAUUUUUAGGGCCUAAAUACUGAGUUAAAGUAGAACUCAUAAGAAGUAUUUUUAAAAUACUUCACAGCUUAAAAAGUGUGAACAAAUACUGUCAUUUAGGGCAAUGCAUUUUGUGGUCUCAUUUUCAUUUUUCCAUAAAUUGUACUGAAAUGACAAUGAAAGCUUCGAGGAUAUAAUUAUAUGUUUAACACACUUGCCAAUACGCAUCUUAGAAUGUUGUUUUCAGAUACAACAAUAUUAAUUUCCAUUUAGGUCAAGAACUUAUUCAACACACUUCUAAUGGAAAUAGUGAACUAUUAAUAAACAGGAGCAUAAGAUUGUUAGUGCCUGAAAUCAAUAAUCAAUCUACAGGUGCCACCCUAACAAUAAGCAAUGAUCAGCUUCUCUCCCAGAGCACAGCAUUGAGCUCUUCAGGCACACAGCACACGAGUUAGCCAAGAAAGACAUUAUAAGAGGUCGGAGCUAAAGAGCUCUGCCCACAGUCAAUGAGGAGUUAAACUGUCCUUAGCAUGACAGGUGUGUCAGCGUCAUGCUUUGUCACAUGGAUUAUCAUUCUGUAAGGAUUAGUGGCUUAUAUCUAAUUCUAGGAUACAAAAUUCUCUCUAAUGUUACCAACCAAUUGAUGAUGUUACUUUUUAAGUCAUGAAAGUAAAUAAUUUUAUUCAACUGUACAAAGCAUCGUAUAUUUAUACAAGUUAGCAUGUUAAUAACUCCAUGUACAAAGCUGUCCCUUUCUAACCCAGCGCUGGAAGACUCUUACUUAGCUCAUUACUUCUGCCCUCCAGUGAGAAUUUUCUGACACCAGCUGAAAAUAGAAUUGAAAAAUGGAAAGGAGGCAGCUUUCUAAGAUUUUAAAGCAUAGAAUUUUACGAAAAAGAAACAUAUUAAUAUUGGCAGAAACUGCAAUUACUUUUGCACCAAUGUAAUAAAUGAGCUCAUGUAAGAUAAAUGACAGUUUCAUAAGUAACCAUUAACAGUUUAGGAUAACAUACCUAUCUCGUUCUCUUCACCUUGUAGAGAUUGCAUUCACUUCUUAGCCUUGUUAUUUUCCAACUAUGUAUAUCACUUUGUGAGGAAAAAAAAACUAAUCUUCAGAUAUGUUUGUACCCAAAAGCUAGACCUCUUUUCAUGCUUAAUUCUUAAUUGAAACGACCUCUUGUCCCAUAGUUCAUUUAUUCCAUAAAAGAUUAUAGUGUCUGCUGUGUGGUAAGAAUUGUGCAAAAUCUGGGACUGUGACUCUGGGCAGGUCAGAGCUGGUCCUGUGUUCUGGAUCUCAGAACAAAUGGAGUACAGACAUUUUUUUAAGAAUCCACAAGUGACCAUAAAAUUACAGCUGUAACCAUAUAUAAAGGAGAGGUGAUGGCACAGAGAGCACAUGUCACAGGGGGUGGCUCUGUGGCUUCUUUGAGGACAUCCUGGCUGAGCUGAGAGAGGGGCUUGGGAGUGUGGUGGCUUUUCUCCCAACGCCAGCCACUCAGCUUUGCAUGGCCCAUGGUGGCCUUUAGCUGAAGCAAGGAGGUGUGGAUAUUUUAAUGGGUGGAAGGUCCAAAAUAUAUGAUGUAUUGUUGAAGUUAACAUAGCAAAUGUUUUUCUCCAAACGUUUUCUAAAACUCAUAGUUGGUGGUUUUUAAAGGAUCAGGCAGUGUGUUCUUCUCAUCUCUAGAAUUCUAAUCUUAGGCUGUGAGUUCGUCAUCUUUCCCCUGCUGCAUGGUUCAUGUUGCAAUGUGAAGACGUGCUGCUUGUGUGUGGGCCAAAGCGAGUGGUAGUCGCUCGUGGUGCAGAGCUCUGGGUGAGAUGUCUGGAUUCAUGCCCUGCUGGCCGGCCUCACUGAGCAGGAAACUGGCCGUCAGCAGUGCAGCCUCAUGUCUUCCUGGAAACUCUGCUGGACAUCCUUAGUGAGCCCCUGGCACAUUGAUGGAGAGACAAGUCGAGUUGUAGAGGUUUCAGUUUGAGUGGAGUGGUGUUUGUGCCUCUUGGUGAUCCUGGAUGUUUGUAGGCGCAGCAGAUUGCUUGAUUCGAAAUUGGGGACGUUCUGACCGAAGGGAGAAGUUGGAUGGAAUGAGGGCGCACGCACUCCAGGGCUCUACUCUAGCUGCCCGCGUUUCUUUAAACUCCUGUGAUCUGGCUAGUUCGGUAGUAAGUGCUGUACCUAUAAAUUCACCUCCACAGACGCAUGUUGGAAGUGUCACACCAGCAUCUCACACUCAGGUGAGGGUCCUCUCAGGGCAGGUGAGCUGUCCUCAGUCAGUGGGUGCAAGGCUCCCACAUGUUAUGCAGCUGACAUUUCUGUACAAACAGCAACAUACCCACUUUGCUGAUUUGCAUUUUUUAAAUUAUUAUUCUUUUAGACCUUUUUUUAAAGAGCCAGCCGAGGCCGGGCAUGGUGGCUCACGCCUGUAAUCCCAGCACUUUGGGAGGCCGAGGCGGGCGGAUCACCUGAGGUCAGGAGUUUGAGACCAGCCCGGCCAUCAUGGUGAAACCCCGUCUCCAUUAAAAAUACAACAAAUUAGCUGGGCUUGGUGGCGGGUGCCUGUAAUCCCAGCUACUCGGGAGGCUGAGGCAGGAGAAUCACCUGAACCUGGGAGGUGGAGGUUGCAGUGUGCCGAGAUUGUGCCACUCCAGCCUGGGUGACGAGCAAAACUCCGUCUCAAGAAGAAAAAAAAAAGAGUCAGCUGAGAAAAUCAGUCUCUCUCUCUCUUAGGCUACUUUAGCUUAUAUCCCACUUGUUAAAUUAAAAAAAAAAAAAAAGCUUUUCAAGGGAUUGGGUGACAUUAUAAAAUAAAAGAUGAAUGCAUAAUUAAAGAAUAUUUGUGUAUUAAUGUGAUAUCGGCUAUUCUUAAAUACAGGCUUAGUUUUAUGUGAUCAAGUAAGUUGUCUUGUGUUCUUGAAUACUUUUGGCAUCUUUGAAUAAUCCUGGGUAUAGGAAGCAAUUGUUCAUAUAUUGACCCACUCAAUCCUUGAUAUUAAGCAGAUGUUUUUAGAGUGGCUUGCACAUCCCAUUUGUCCUAGUUAUAAUUAUGUAGUGGAUCUCAACUGUAUAGUAGUAGUUAGGAGAUUGCCUCUUAGUGAGCAAUAUUUAUCUAGAGUCAAAGUCAGUUUCAGAUCUAGCUUGAGGCCACACCACUAAUAAUUGAAAUUAAAAUGACAUUAUUUUGAAAUUAAACAUGACUCUUCUAAGGUAAACACCCAAAAACCUCUAAUGCCCAUACAAAACUUAUGUUGAGCGUAAUGAAUAUGUAUGUGGCUAUUAUUAUUUUUUGAUUCUCUAUGCAAGCAAGGUUUGGUUAAGACUCAUCAGCUUCUAGGUUAACUCUGGCUGUUUCAUCUUAAUCGAAGGCAUUGAAAGAAGUGUAUCACCACUUAGGGAUUUGCGAUGAAUCCAGGCGAGACAAUUAGUCAGAAUUUCACGUGCAGGACAAAAGCACAUGCUUUUGUUGAGAUUCGUGAUGCAGGAGUUGAAGACUAUUUCAGAGUUUCAUCCCGACAACAUCCAUUCCCAAAUCUGACACAAAGAGUUUUCCUUAAGAAGUGAUCCCAUAGAAUGUAAGUACUGUCUCAGAAGCAGAUCGUAGUCUUGAUAGAGGCUUGAGAAAUUUAGCACAACUUUUUAAGGAA